AUGUUUUUUUUUUUCAUAUAUUAAAUUUUAAUGUCUUUAUUCCAAAAUAUUUCUUUUUUAGUGAAUUUUAUCGACUUUUUAAUUUAUUUCUUCUAAUAAUUUAUCUGUCAUUUAAAUUUUUACUUUAGGAUUUUCUAUGCUAUGAAAAUUUUGGUUAUUUAUUCCGAAUUUUUAGUUAUAAUUUAUGUAAUCUUCUUUCUAUUAUUUUUCUUCUUAUUCUUCAUAUUAUAUUCCAAGUUUUUUAUAUAUAUCGCUUUUUUUUGGUUAACUAUUAUCUAUUUUGUCUGCUUAUUAUUAUUAUAAAUGCUAGCUUUUUUCAAGUUUUUUUUAACUUUUAUUAAUUAAUAUUUACUAUGGGACUUUAAAACCACCAGAAUAUGA